AAGCCUGAAUCACACUAUUUCUCUUUUAAGAAUAAGAAUCAAACCAUAUUUUAGCACGGAAUCGUUGUUAACCGCCGACUAAAUUAAUUUCAUAUUUUCAAUAUUCAUUCAAUUUCAUAUUGUCAUUAUAAUAUCUAUAACAUGGACGCCGUGCUAAAUUAUUAUUCAAAAAUAGACUUAUAAAUUACUUAUAAAUAAUAAGAAUAUACAAGACAAAAAUUCGUGGCAAUUAUACCCAAGCAGCACGUAAACGUUCGAGGAAUGUUCGCUUUACGUUCACUUGGUUUGGUUAUAUUCAAAGUGUGAACGUUUGAAGAACAUACGUUUUAGAACUUUUAAUAUAUAUUUUACGUAGCAGCAAAAGUGUCGCAGUAUCGACAUCAGUAGUGACUGGCCGACCAGAGCGAAGAGUACUUGGAGACUAAAAUCUCCGCAACGAAAUUUUGUAAACCACUUCCGAUGCACACUUUCGCUUACGGCAUUCUCUCCGUACACGACAUCUUUUCGUGAGUUUUUGUCUUUUCGGAAAUAAAAAAGCGAAAUACCGAAAAUAUACGUUUUUUCCUUCUAUAUUCAAAAUAUAAUUAAACUUCGUAUACGUCCGGAUCUCGUUAAAUACUUUCUUAAAAUGUCGGCACAAAUUUCAGCUUUCACUUAAUGUGCGACAUUUCAUAUAUUUAACACAUGGUGAAAAGCAGAGUAACCCAAAAGCGGAGUCAUCACUCAGUUGACCGUCCACGACGCGCUUACCACGGGGCGAAAGUUCGCACAGUAGCCGAUCAACGUGCCGUCUUCCACGAGAACUAAAAGUUUAUUGGCUGCCGUAUCGCUUCUUGCCGCGCGGCAAGCAUUUCUGCGUUUUGUAGGCAGAAGCUAUCUGCUUAGAUAUAUUACAUCUAUGGAUAAAUCUUGAGAGAGCCUAAUGAUUGUAUUUAACCUUUAAAGUGCACAUACACAAUGGUGAUAUAUAGUGUUUAUAUUGUAUCAAAGUCUGGUGGCUUAAUUUUCAAUCAUGAUCACAAUGUUCCAAAGAUCGAAAUUGAAAAGUCUUUUAACUAUCCACUGGACAUUAAGUUGAAUUAUGAAAAUAAGAAGGUGAUAGUAGCUUUUGGACAAAGGGAUGGAAUAAACGUGGGUCAUGUAUUGACAGCUGUAAGUGGAAUGGCAGUCACAGGACGUGAACUUGAAGAUGGAAGAGAUGUAUUGGAGAUGUUGGGACAGUCAGAAAAUUUUCCUAUUACAUUGAAAUUUAGUCGAGCAAAGAUGACCACAAACGAGAAAAUAUUUUUAGCUUCAAUGUUUUAUCCACUGUUUGCUAUAGCAAGUCAAUUAAGUCCUGAACCACGUAGUUCUGGAAUUGAAGUUCUGGAGGCAGAUACAUUUCGUCUGUACUGUUUCCAAACAUUGACAGGUGUUAAAUUUAUGAUAGUAGCUGAACCUUUUCAACCAGGCAUGGAGAUUUUGUUGAAAAGAGUAUAUGACUUGUACGCUGACUAUGCGCUAAAGAAUCCAUUUUAUGCAUUAGAAAUGCCUAUUCGAUGUGAGCUUUUUGAAACUAAUUUACAGACUCUGUUAGAAACUGUUGAAAAAUCUGGAAUAAGCAAUGUAUAAUUUACAUUAUAUAU